AUGGUUUCGCAAGUACUUGCAGAGAUGCAAGAAUCCAACGAGGAAUGUUCCGACCAGAUGCUUCCACCUACAUCUCUACCAAUGCCCACGAGUAGCGAGGAGAGCGAAAAUGCUUCCGUAUCGCCCGAAAACCUAUCCGAUAUGCCGCCACCGCCGCCGCCCGCUCACAAUAGGCUCUCAAGAUCACCCUUGAACGGCCCUCAACAUGCCCAGCAGGUCACUUCAGCUAUACCAGCGCACGUGCAAGGAAAGCCUUCGCCCGCAACGCCAGCGUCGCUCAUGAAGCUACCGUCAUCGAGUGCAAAUGGAGGCGCUGUGUCGUCCAAUGCGCAAACGAUGGGCGCACCUGAGCAAAUCGAGGACUUUAAGCUGCCGGAAUCAGCAAACUUCCCCAAGAGCAGACUGACUCCUCUGGAUACAAACCAAACUCCGGUACAAUCACCACUGGAAGCCAGCUCGGCGAAAACGGCAUCUUUCCAACCCCUACCGUCCCCUAUUUUCCACAAGCCCUCGGGCACAGCUUCAGCAAACCAGAGCCCUCGCAUCAUCCCCGGCUCGACGGGCCCAGCUCCCAGGAGGACGCCAAAUCUUGCACCGCGAGGAAGCAAAAAGAGGGCCAGCAUCAGCUCCAGCCAAGUCUCGCCAGCAUUGUUGCCUAGGAUAUCUCCGUCCAUCAAGCCGCUUCUGCCGGGAACGCCCGGCGGCAUGUCUGCUGAGGACACGGCGUCUCUUCUCCUGACAUCCAAGUCUAAUUACCAGAACAUCCUUGAGGGCACAGUCGUGCCGGGCGUAUCGUACCCGACAUCGCUUUCGACGAAUCUCACGUCAAAGAGGACGUCGCACAAGAUCGCCGAGCAGGGCCGGAGAAUCGCAUCAACACGGCACUGCAAGAAAUCGCGACAAUGUUGCCCAAGUCUGCGCUGUUGGAGAUCAGCAAGAGCGAGAGCGAGAGUGCUGACAAGAAGGACGGCAAAGGGGGUGCGACGCCGAACAGCAAGGCGAGCACGGUCGAGAUGGCUAUUGACUACAUCAAGCAACUGA